AUGGCCACCGUUGAAGAGCAAGUUGUCCCGAUCGUGCCUGCGGCGGAGCCGCUCACAGCCGAGGAUCCGGCGACCAAGGAAGCACCGGCGCCGGAGGCGAAUGAGAAGAAACUUCCUGCUCGGAAGAAGCGCACCGCCCCCACCCACCCUCCGUACUUCGAGAUGAUUAAGGAUGCGAUCGUGACGCUGAAGGACCGCACGGGUUCCAGCCAGCCCGCCAUCGCGAAGUUCAUUGAGGAGAAACAGAAGAACCUUCCGGCCAAUUUCAGGAAGGUCCUGCUCCUCCAGCUGAAGAAGCUCGUGGCCAGCGACAAGCUCGUGAAGGUGAAGAGCUCCUUCAAGCUUCCGGCCGCUCGCUCGGCCAAGCCAUCCUCGCCGGUGAAGAAGACGAAGAAGUCCGUUUCUGUUUCCGCCCUGAAACCGAAGGCCAAAGCUGCCGGUACCAAGGAGAAGAAGACGGCUGUCUCCAAACCCAAGCCGAAAGCCAAAACCGCCGCCGUGGCCGCGAAACCCAAAGCUAAGCCGGCUGCAAAGGACAAGGCGGCCCCCCCUGCGAAGGCCAAUGCCGCGACAAAGAGGAAGGCGCCGGAAAGCAAGAAGGCUGAGAAGAAGCAGCCGGCCAAGGUGGCGAAGACCUCAACUAAGUCGACCCCCAAGAAGAAGGCUCCGGCUAAGGCUGUGAAGCCGAAAUCCAUCAAGUCGCCGGGGGCGAAGAAGGCUGCCUCGAAACGGGGGAAGAACGGUGAUUUUCGCUCCUCGGUUUAUCCCCCGCCUCCGGUGAGGUCGCCGGCCAUUCUUGCAAGGCCCAGCCGCGGGAGUUCGUCCGUCCAGUUGAAGGCUCGAUCUGUGCUGCCAUUCUCUUCUUGGAGACUGAUUUUGGCUUGGGAGAGCCCAUCUCGCGGGCCCGUGCGCCUCUAUUUCAUCCGGGCUGCAGGUCCUUCGGGCCAGGCGGCUCGAUUGCAGGACGUAGAUAAUGUGAAGGAGGUCAAUGUCGAGAAUCCACAGGAGGUUGUGGAGGAUUUUUCUGAGAACACUGAUCCACCUGAAGAAGUAAAAGUCGAAAAAGAACUGAAAGUGGACAACGGAGUCGAAAAAGAACUGAAAGUGGACAACGGUGAACGUGUUGUUGCUGAGGAAAAGAAAUGGCCUGGGUGGCCUGGAGAGAACGUGUUCCGACUGUUAGUUCCUGCUCAAAUAGUUGGUGGUGUCAUUGGACGCAAAGGGGAAACUAUUAAAAAAAUAUGCGAGGAGACAAAGGCUCGAAUUAAGAUUCUCGAAAGUGGCCCUGGCUCCAUGGAAAGAACUGUAAUGGUUUCUGCAAAGGAAGAGCCAACUCUUCAAAUUCCACCUGCUGUCGAUGGGCUUUUGAAGAUCCAUAAACACAUUAUCAGUCUAGAGUCAGACCCAGCCAAUGUACGAUCAGGUCAAAUUUGCACAAGGCUCCUGGUGGCAGCUUCCCAGGCUGGCAGUUUGAUUGGGAAGCAGGGUGCUACUGUAAAGUCUAUCGAAGAUGAUUCAAAUUGUAGCAUUCGUGUGCUUGGUGAAGGGAACUUGCCAGUAUUUGCUCUUCCAGAUGAUAGUGUAGUUGAGAUACAGGGAGAUCCUGCAGGUUUGCAAAAGGCAGUUGAACUAAUUGCUACACAUCUUAGGAGGUUUUUAGUGGAUCGAAGUGUGAUUGGAGUAUUUGAGAUGCAGAUGCAAAAUCCAAACUUUGGAGCAAACCAGAACUCACCCCCAUCAAAACCUUGGGGCCCUCCUCAGCCAGCUUUCCCGAUGAAUGCUGGUAGACACGGUUAUGGUCCCGAGCAUUCGUCUGUGGCGCCUUAUCCACGCCAAUAUGAUAAUUCUUUCCCUCCGGUAGACAUGCAGCCUCGUCGUCCUCCUGCUUAUGGUAUGGGCUUGCCAAUGGGAGGGGCCCAGACGAAUAAUGUGCAGCAGCCUCAAGCAAUGAUUACCAAGGUCACACAGAACAUGCAGAUUCCACUUUUAUAUGCUGAUGCUGUUAUUGGAAUUAAUGGUUCAAAUAUAAGUUACAUUCGUCGUGCUAGUGGUGCAACUAUCAUAGUGCAGGAAGCUAAAGGUGUUCCUGAUGAGAUGACUGUGGAAAUAAAUGGGUCUUCAUCACAAGUCCAAACCGCUCAACAGUUGAUACAGAAUUCGCUCGCCGAGGCCAUUAGCAGUGGGCAAAACCCUGGCGGAGGGCCGGCAAGAAGUCAAGCAUAUAAUAAUCAUAAUCCUUAUGCAUCGUCUCAUGGUCAGCUUGGCUACCAGCAAACUGGAGGAGACUAUAAUUAUGGUUAUUAG